CUGCUCAUGCGCGUUACUCAUAGUUACUGAAAACGCCACGGAGGAAAAAGGCAGUUGGAACACCACAGUAAAAAAACCAAGUUCCAACUGAUCUUAGUAGCCAUGGCGGAGAGUGCUUUACAUCAAGAGGCACGAAGGCUUCAGGCGAAUUUAGAUAAGAAACAAGAGGCCUUGAAAAGACAUUUGGCACAACAGUCACAGAAAAUGUGUGGGGAACUGGAUUACACCAAAGCAGGCAGUAAAUCAGCUACAAUGUUUUCAGGAGCUGAUAAUUUUGACACAAAAAGGCCAGUUCUUGAAAUGUUUCGGGUCAACAAAGAAGGUUUUAGCAAUCGUUAUCGAAAUCGAGAAAACAUGGCACCUCAUGUUGAUAGGGUCUAUCCUGUGAUUUAUCCAGGAAAAGAUAACUGUGAUUACACUAAUGACAGCAACCGGAAAAAUAGAAAAAUGAAUGCCAUGCAAGAAAGAUACGAUAUUGCUCAACGAGUAAAUGGAGAUUUUCAUGUGAAAGUUUUGUCGGAAACUCCACAGUGAUUUGCAGUGUGUGGAUCUUUGGUGUAUCUCUUCCAUGGCAGUACAAGAUCAUCAACAAUAUUGUGUGAUCAUUAGAUUCUGUGAUGGUCUGUAAAAACAACUGUACUGUAAGCUAUGUUUGUGGUGUUCAAGUGGAUAGUUUACCAAAAAAAAUUCAAGUAGCUUUUGUUCAUUGUCAUGGAAAUUCCAAAGAAAUUUCUACAAUCUUCUUUCAGGGAAAAAUCUGUUCACAACACAAAUGCAGCUCCAAACAUCUUGGUGAAUGAAUUUUCAACAAGGAAGCUUGCUAACGCUCAGGAACAGAAAUCUGAUUCUCUAAAGAAAAGGAAACAACGCAAAUUAAAUAUAGAGAGGGAUCAAGUUUACAAAAUCUUACAUCCUUAUGAAUUUUGAUACUUUUUUGUUUUUGUAUUUACUGUUUUCACAUGUUUUUAAUCUUUUCUUAUUCUAUGAGGUUUAUUGGUACAUUAAAUGGUGAUAUCAUAUUGGGUGCUACAUCUGUAAAAAUAUAGUUUUGUUUCUACUGUUUGUGUGCAAUUAUGGGAAUACACAGUGCUUCAUCCUAAAUAUUGUUUUAUCUCAGAGAGUUUAUUGUCUCUGCUCUGAUGUUGUCAUCAUAUAUUCAGCUAAAUUGUCCGGGUAAUCAUUCUGAGACACCGUGAACACUAACACACAUACGUUAUGUACUAGUUGUACAUCUGUCUACAGCUAUCAUAGACAGUAGCAAUAAAUAGGUACAGUUGGAAGCUGGUUGGGGAGUAUGAUUGUUUUGCCUCUUGUUUUCCUGUUGUAAUGUUAGUUAUAUCUGUUAAAUUAAAAUUUAAGUGCUUGUAAUUUCAGCUUGUUAUUUAGAGUAGAACAUUUCAGCUCUUCUUUGAAACCUAAAUUACUGGUAUGUGUUUCAGUUCCGGUGAUGUGUUGGGACCUCCAAUGCACAGAAUUUAUCAUAGGAAAGCUGACAACAAUCCCGUGGAUAAAGUUUACCCCUUACUACAUCCUCAAGGAUAUUUUAACAAAACACAUCAAAGAGAACUUCCUCGAAAACCACACUUCAAAGUCUAGGGUUUAUUGAUGUCAUGGAAAUGCUUUGAAAUGAAGGAAAUUGGUUGUCAACAUAAUACUGAUGUUUUUAAACAAAAAAGUGUUAUUUAUUCAUUUUAUAAGUUACUUUUAUGUGUCUCUUAAGCAUAUGAAAAAAACCUCAUCAAACUGCAGUCAUUACCACAUUUUCUGUAUUUCAAAAGCAUUGCUAAUGUGCACUUCUGUUACAAUGUUUAUACUAAUUUGUUUGAUUAUUAUUCAACUAAUACAUUUCACUAGUGUGUAGAAAUCAUCUGUUUCAAUUUUAGAAUUUUUUGAAAAUCUUGUUAAACAAAUCCAUUAGUUAUAACAGGAGAAACGCGUCAAAUUGAAUUGUGAACUUUUAAAACUACAUACAGGAAUAAGAACAAUUGGAUGGGGACAGAAAGAGACAAAAGGCAGUAUGACCACAGCCGUAACGGCCCCCUUUUAGACAGCACCUGGCACAACCUGCGCCGACAGCUGUUCCACAUAGGAUUGGUCACUCCCCUAUCCACCACUGGCAAACCAACCAGCUUCCAAGACUUACAACAAGUUCGUGUGAUAUCUCCAAAGAGAUAGGCUUCACAACACAAUAUAUUCAAGAUAGGCAUCACAAAAUUAAAACUCUUAUACAGCUGUCUAUUUUGUACAGUUUGAGAGCAGAGAUUUAACAGUUAUUUUCUAAUUAUUUUGGUAGAGCGAAACAUUUAAAAAAGAAUUUCUAUAUUUACAAAAAAUAUCACAGGUAGACUUGCUGUAUAUUCCCACGUGUUAUCAGUAUUAAGGUAUAAGCUGUCACUUGCUGUAGUGUUGUUUUUGUUUUAUAGUUUCACAGAGAUGUAUAUCGAAAGCUAAUGCUAUUUAUAGAUUUACCUACUUGCACAUUUUGUGUAUUACAUUUAUCAAACAUUUCGGUGGCAUCUCAGUUAUGUUAUCUUAUUCAUUGUAAACGUUUUCCAUAUUUAUUUAUUUGAUGAGUAUUGUUCUGGUGAGGGAAAAUGAGAGAAAGGGGUCAUGAAAUAAGAUGGAUGGAGACUAGCAGGAAACAAUAGUACAAUUGGUAGUUUCAUAUCAGAAGCCAACUGCUUUUUAUUUUCAGUUUAAGUCUGUUAAAUAUAUAUACUGGUAUAUUAUGUUUAAUGUAUUAACAUGGUAGAUUUUUUUUUUCUUUUUUUUUUAAUUUCAUCACCAAAAACUUAUUUAAAUUCAUUUUCAGCACACCAGAAAGUGUGGUUCUAGUCUUUAGGGGAGUUAACAAAACAUGUAUGAGUCGCCUAUUGUAGUAAGGGUAGAAACUAACCAUAUAGAGGGAUGAUGAGUAGCCAGCCUAAAGGCAGGUGAUGGCAGUCCUCCCAGAGACAUUUUAACUUUGAAAGUAUUUGGUGUGAGAGAGGAAUUACGUCUGGUGCUGUCUCAUGAUUAAGAAUCUCAAAGGCUCCUAUGUUAUCAGUAUUAAUUACAUUUUAUAUGUUAAUUAGGACAGCCUAUUUUAUAUAAAAUCUAUAUGUAUACAUAUACAUGUAAUCUUAUAUUGUAAAUAAUCUUUGACAACAAGUUAAGGUUGUUAGUUCCUGCAGCCAUGCAAAUUGUUCUCUAGAUUUUACUCUGUUAGUCUGAGAAGUCUCAAUUGUUUAUCUUUAGUCACCUCUAAGCUGGCACUAUUUGCUCAAAGUUUAUUAGAUCAUCAUAUUUAUUUACUAUUUACUACACAGCUUUAUCAGUGUGAGGUGUCUUGUGUCAAGGGAAUAUUAAAAAAAAAUGCAUUA